AGUAUUAGGUCAGAUAACAGAUGACCUCAUAGUGGGGUUGAAACGGAUACUAAGCGAAUAAAGUGUUCUUCCAAAUUUGUAAGAAUUUUGUAAAAUAUCGAAAGGGUAAACUGGGAAGCAUUUCCUUUGUAUGAUAAUCAUUUUGAAAAAGUGCUUUUUAUGAGUAACUUGCUUUCCUUACCAUAUGUUCCGUUUAUUUUUUUUAUUAGGGUUUAUAAAUAGCUAAGCAGCCAUCCUGGCCUCUAUUAAUUAAUGUUUUUGUAUUAUUAGGGUAUUUUAGAAGCAAUCCUUUUUUGUGUAUUUUACUUUUCUAGUAAUCUGUGUGAGUGGUCAAAUAGGCAUCCUUUUCUUUCUCGGUUUGCUAAGAUGUAUUUAUUAUUAGGGACUAUAAGUAACAAAACAGCCACAAUAAAGUCAUAUGAAUGAAAGGCUUAUUAUUAGGUUGGGUUUUUUCCUACAUAGCAAAUCGUGUCCUAAUAGGACACAUAUUAAAUUAUUUUUUCUUCUUGAUCUGCACCUAUGAUUUCACUAAACUAAACUAAGAUGAGUAACUUUUGCUAAUUAUAGUCAGAAUUGGGGGUGGGAAGAUAGGUCAGAACUAGACUACUGCCCAUGGUCACAAUUCGUGCUAGAAAGAAGCAGAAUUUAACCCAACUCUUAAUAGGAAAUAUGUCUCUUUUGUAUAUUCAUACACAAUAAUACUGGCUAGCUAUCUAAGUGAAAUAAUGUGUAAAAUGCUUUGUAAGCAUUAAAAUGCUAUAGAACUACGGGCCAUUCUUCUCUUAAAUUAUGUGAAUUGACCCCUUCAAUUAGGUUACAUUCCUUACACAAGAAAACCAAGCCUGAUUCAACUUGUCAUUUAACAACAUUUUUAAGCACUUUGUGCCAAGCACAGAACUUUAAGUACUGGGGAUUAAAAAAGAAAAAAAAGAUGCCUGACUCUCAAGGAGCUCACAGUCGAAAGGACAAGAUAAACAAGAUAUGUAUAUGAUAUAUUGAAGAUAAUGGGAAGGCGUUGGAAUCAAGGGAAAUAAAAAGACUCCUAUGAUAAGAGGGUGGGAUUUUGUCUAAAACUUUUAUAAAGGAAACCCCUGGGCAGAGAUGAGAAAGCAAGGUGUGUGGAAGUAGCAGGGAUUAAAUAUUUUUAAACAAAUGUCUGGAGAAACUAUUUUCUAACACUAGGACAUUAUGGAAGAAAAUCCUAAAAAUAAUUUGCAUGCAUUUGCACUAACCAUACAUAGAUGAGUCACUUGGUUUUAUGAGACUCUGAGAUUAAAUGAGAGGUUUGGUAGCAUUUGGUAGGGAUAAUAUAGAAAUCAUUUAGCCGGGAAACUGGUGCAUUUAUAUCCUUUUAAUGCACUGGCCGGUUUAAAAAGUAAAAUAUAAGAGGUCAUAAUCUGCAUUUGUUAAUUUUGGACAAUUCACAGGGGUCUGGGGUUGUUUUGCAGGAUUUAUAAUCAAACGCAUAGGUUCUUUGCCAGACUAUGGCAGUGUGGUCCCAAAUGGCGUGCUCAGAAGAGCAUGGGUUGCUAGCCUGGGAGAUUUUUUGUCGCGCGACUGUCCUCAAACAUUUUCCGGAUCCCGAAGCCAACUUUAUUGUCAUCCCAUUUUGGUUCCGGCCUCUCGCCCUUCUAAUUUGGCAAGAGCCCCCAAAACUGUGAAAAGAGUAUAUGAGAGCCUUCGGUCAGCCGAAGUGACCGACUGUGGGGAAAACGGGACCGUGCGAGUGUGGAGAAUGUCCCGGGGACCUCGGGCUUGCCAAGUGCGCGGCCGCCCCUAGGCUCUGGCGCCAAGCCCCCGGAACCAAAGGCGACGCGGCUGGUUGCCGGGGGAGCCGGGCCCGCGCGUCCGUGCGCGUCGCCUUCCCCUCCCGGCGGGCCGCAUCGGGUUGCUGCUCUGCUCGGCCUUCAGAGCCCCAGCCAAAGCCAAUUAAAAUCCGAGCUCAAAAUAAGUCCUCGUGUCCUACCCAGAUCAUAUGAACUUUCAAUAUGCUUCGAUAUCAGUAUCUUUGCAGAAUCUACAGAGGAUUCUUCCCAUACAAUUUUGGAACUGGCAUAUUUAAUAUAGGCAGAUGCCCCAAAGAAAUGCAUUCUUCAGUCAGCAAGUACAAUGAACUUAAAGAUGAAGAGCAUGCAAGUGUUUCCAAAGAUCAGGAAAUGCAUCAUUCUCAAAGUGGAAAUCUUGAAACUAUGAAACAAUUACACACACCAGUGAUGGUCAACGAAGUUAUUGAUUGCUUAGCACCACAACCAGGGCAGAAUAUUCUUGAUAUGACAUUUGGUUCAGGAGGCCACUCAAGAGCCAUUCUGCAGAAAGAAGUGGAUGUUACAUUAUAUGUUUUAGAUAGAGAUCCAACAGCUUAUGCCAUAGCUCAACAGCUUUCAGAGUUAUAUCCAAAACAGAUUCGAGCUUUGCUAGGCCAGUUUAGCCAAGCUGAGGCCAUGUUAAUUAAAGCUGGAGUACAGCCCGGGACUGUUGAUGGAGUUCUUCUGGAUCUCGGGUGUUCCUCCAUGCAACUUGAUACUCCUGAAAGAGGUUUUUCCCUUCGAAAAGACGGCCCCUUGGACAUGAGGAUGGAUGGUGGCAGGUACCCUGACAUGCCCACCGCUGCUGAUGUUGUGAACGCCUUAGAUCAACAGGCACUUGCGUUGAUCCUGAGAACAUACGGGGAGGAGAAGAGUGCCAAGAAAAUCGCCUCAGCAAUCGUUCAGGCACGCAGGAUCUACCCUAUCACCAGAACCCAGCAGCUUGCCAGCAUUGUUGCAGGUGCCUUUCCUUCUGGGGCUUUAUAUGGAAGGAAAGACUUACUCCAGAGGUCCACCCACAUCGCUACCAAGACUUUCCAGGCCCUCCGAAUAUUUGUGAACAACGAGCUGAACGAGCUCUACGUGGGGCUGAAGGCAGCCCAGAAGUUUCUGAGACCCGGGGGCCGCCUCGUCGCCCUUUCCUUCCACUCGCUGGAAGACCGCGUGGUCAAACGCUUCUUGCACGGAGUGGACGUCGCGGAAAAGCCUGCUCCGAGGAGGAGACACAAAGGGCCCCCGGCCUCCGCGCUGUGGCCGAAUCCUGAGGCCGGCGAAGAACUCUACGGGGGCUCAUCUCCCAAGGAAUGGGAAAUGAUCCACAAGAAAGUGGUGACGCCCGAAGACUCGGAGCUGCUGGCCAACCCCCGGGGGCGCUCGGCCAAGCUGCGGGCCGCGGUCCGGCUGUAGCGCCCGAGGCGGGAGGGGAGGGAGAGGGCCCCCAGGAAGCAUCAGCCGGGGACAGGAACCCGGGAUCUGGGGCCUCUAGUAGCACGUUUGUGGAAAGUAAGACUCAAGGAACGUAAGCAUGGCAAGGAGAAUUUGGCCCAAGAGUCUAUGUUCCAAGGCUGGGAAACGAUUAUAUUUUAGUGGGAAAACAUCAUGUGAGGGUUGUUUUUAUAAGUUAAUCCCCUAAUCAAGAGAAUGUUAAUAAAUUGUUAGUAUUUAUUCUAUUUUAAAUUGUAUUCACUAUUUACUAUAUUUAUCUAAAUGUGUUGACUUAAACUGUCAGUAGAGUAGAAAUCUUUAUGUUCUAAAUUCUCAAUUUAGAAAUUCAAAUUCUGCAACAGUCUUUUUAUGGCUCAAUGAAUUGGGCCUAACUAUAAAAGAAAACUUAAUUUCUCUAAUUGGGAAUAAAGAAUUAUUACUCUAGCUUUCUCAAAUUCAAGCAUUAGGCUACAUAACAGUCUUCAACUGUCUCUCACUAAGAAAUCAACUUAUUCUGAUGAAUUUCAUUGUUGAAAUUGAAAUGAUUAAUAUCUGAAAGGGUUUAAUUUAGUUUAUAUAAUGUAAAACUAAAAUAACUAUUAUAUCAGUCAACAAGCAUCUAUUAUGUGCCAGUAUCAUUUCUCUUAUACCUGUUUCACAAAUGGGGAAAAUAAAAAUUUGACUAAAUCAGUAUUCAAUAUGUAUUUUAACAGAGAAAAACAUUGUUAUAGUAUAAUAGUGUUUGUUUUUUAAAUGUUUCAUUUCAUAGGUUAUAUUGGAUGGCUUAUUGACAGAGUUAGCUACUAGUUAAAGUCAGGAAGAAAGACCAAAUUUAAAGUCUUUUAUCAGGUAUUUACUAACUUUAUAACUUAUCAUUUCAUUGCCUCAGUUUCCUUAUCUGUGAAAUGAGUAUAAAAUAGUACCUACUUCACAGAGUAGUUGUUAGGAUCAAAUGAGUAAUAUACCCAAAAUGUUUUUCAAUUGUAAACAGCUACAUAAAUAUUACUGUUAUAGAUCCAAAAAAAAUAAAGCUUUAAAAUUUUUUUUUAAA